CUUGUCCUCUAAAUCGCCAAAGUAUGUCCACUGAUACUUACGUCGGCGACAUUCACAUCGUAGAUGGUCCUGAUGAUCUCUACGAAUUCUGCAGGAAUAUCUUGUUCAGAGAGCCUUUGGGUUUGGACUUCGAGUGGAACAGAGAAUUCAAAGGACAGAACAACCCGAUUGCUUUGAUUCAAGUCGCCACUCCCACCAAUGGAGUUUUACUUUUCCGUUGUAGACCUGGCGAGGAUCUCCAUCCUAUACUUCGCGAUGCUCUCACAUGCCCCAACACCGUCAAAGUUGUCUGUGGUUUCGAUAGUCGCGAUAAGAAGAAAUUAAUGGAGAGUUUUGGCAUUGAAAUUCCCCCACGAUCUCUCGUUGACGUGUCUAAAGAGGCUCAGAGACAAGGGAUGCACAAGACUGGGUUGAAGGCUAUUUGCCGCGACCUUCAGUUCAACAUUUUCAAACCUACUUACCCGAAUUUCCAUCAGUGGAGUGGACGUCUGAGGAAGAGUCAAAUUCGUUAUGCUGCGGCUGAUGCCUGGUUUCCUCUGCUGAUUGCUGUCGAAUGGGGACUCAUUGAUAUUGAUGAGAGCGUUCAAGAGCAGAUGCUCGAUUUGGUUGACUCCUAUGCAACCGUGUAGUUGCUCCAAGCUUCGCACUACUACCUCCUUCUGACGAUCGUCAUUGAGGGUUCCAAGUCGUGUGGGAGGAGUUUAUAGAGUAGAGGGUGAAGGAUAUUGAUUAAACUAAAAGACUCUUUUUUUGAUUAAACUAGAUUUACACGUA